CUCGUCCGUAUGCUAACCUAAGCCGCAGCGCGCAUUACCAAUCCAUCUCACUCCCACCAUGCCCGGAGGAUCCCUCAAACUCAACGCUGUGGCUGCCUCUAUUUACUGCUCCCGAAAUCCUUGCAAUCGUCUCCGUCAUCUCACCCCUGCCGCCAUAAACCUAAGAUUACCGGUGGUUCCGACGCGCGCCUGGUGGCGGAGGCUAACGAUUCCGCACCGGACGAACGAUCGAUUCCUCCACGGUCAAUUUUACCGCGUUGAAAAGCAUUCUUCUCAUAUUGCUGUCAGGAGUAUAUCUGCCGCUCACAUGGGCUCUGACCCCGACAACAAGGGAGACGAAUGGUUGGAUGCAUCAUCGCCGCCUCCGACAAACCAACGCUGUCAAAAGCCCUCUACGCGUCCACCACCCGCUGCUAAAUUGCUCACGUUGCCUACUAUCUUGACAAUUGGCCGGGUUGCUGCAGUUCCGCUUCUCGUAAGCACCUUCUAUGUGGAUAGCUGGUGGGGACCAGCAACCACAACUGCUAUCUUCAUUGCCGCAGCAAUUACUGAUUGGCUUGAUGGUUAUAUUGCUCGGAAGCUUAAUUUGGGGACUGCGUUUGGUGCAUUCUUAGACCCAGUUGCUGAUAAGCUAAUGGUUGCUGCGACCUUGGUCUUAUUGUGUACCAGACCUUUGGAAGCUAGUAUUUUUGGACAGUUUCCAUGGUUGCUAGCUGUUCCUUCAAUAGCUAUUAUUGGUAGAGAGAUUACAAUGUCUGCUGUUAGGGAAUGGGCAGCCUCUCAAGGCAGCAAGCUCUCAGAGGCAGUUGCUGUGAAUAGCUUGGGAAAGUGGAAAACUGCCACACAGAUGACUGCAUUAACCAUCCUCCUUGCCGCGAGAGAUAGCAGUCUAGUUGAGGCAGGAACACUCACAAGCUCUGGUGUGAUUUUGCUCUAUAUCUCAGCAUGGCUUGCCGUUUGGUCCUUAGUUGUGUAUAUGAAGAAGAUAUGGAAAGUUUUGUUACUAUAGGUGUAUGGAUAUACACUCAUUCAAAUUGCCAUACCUCAUUGCAUACUGAAAGCAGUGUAUUGCUUGCACAGACGGCUUUCUUCUCUGUUUGUCCAAAAUAUGGAUAAGUUAUUAGCUGAGGUAACUUGCUUGUGUACCAUACAGCUGGGGGAAUACAAGAUCUUUCUCCGGCUCCAUUGCUAGCAAUCCUUGAAGCCAAUUUUUUAGAAUGGGGAAGUAUUUUUGUACUCAUUUUUGUAAUUUUUUGGUAUUCUAUAGUAGUUAUUCUGUAACCUUCUGUCCAUGAAAUGUUACAUCCUAUAUGUGUUAGAGAUAUUUAGGACAGCCUCAACUAGAAUAUGUGUGGGAAACAGCAAACUCAAAUAAUCCUUGCCCUUGUCUCUUAUUAGUAAUUUGGAUGGAUACACAAAUAUAUUUAUCACAUACUGUAUUUAUGACUAGAUUUUUG